AUGAACUUUUUAGAAAAAGAUAGAGUAACUUUUGCUGAAAUGAAAGAAAUUCUUCUAUGUCAUGAAAGAGAUUUAGGUGUUCCAUCACCACUAAUUGAUAUGUCAAUUGCAUCAGUAAAAGAGCGUUUUGAACAGAUCAGCAUUGUCACAAAGCUUUUUGACUUUCUUUACCGAUUCAAGAGUCUUAUCAAAACUUGCAAUACAAAGUAUCUGUCUGUAUAUUGCAAAAGUUUGCAAAUAAAGCUUGAUGAUUCUGAGGAUUUAGAAAUGGAGUUAAAACGAUUUGUCAUUGUUAUAAAGGAGGAAAAAUAUGCUUUUCUUAAAUCUGCACAUGAUUUCCUAAACUACAUAUACGAAGAAGAGUUGCAAGAAACUUAUCCCAAUCUAGGUAAUGCGUUACGUAUCAUUCUUCCUUUAUCAGUCACUGUUGCAAGUGCAGAACGUAGCUUCAGCAAGUUAAAACUAAUUGAAAAGUUUCAUAGGUCAGCAAUGGUCGAUGAACGUUUGUCUUCUUUAGCAUUGCUGUCAAUUGAAAACGAGGUUGCAAGAAAAUUAAAUUAUGAAGGCAUAAUAAUUGAGCUUGCAAGCAUAAAAACAAACACAAAAACGCAAACUCUUUUUUUUAGUGAUUUGCGACUUUUUUUAUCUGCGUAA